AUGAUUUGUUAAGAUCAUUCUUAACUAGAAUUUAAAUAAAAUAUUAAAAUAAUUGAAAAAAAUGAUAAAAAAAAACAAUCAUAAUUAUAAUUAGUUAUUAAAAAUAAUAAUAACAAAAUAAUAUAAACUAAAAUAAAUACUAGUUCUUUAAAUAAUGUUGAAUUAAUUAAUGAAAAUAAUAAUGACAUCAAAAAAGAUAAAAAUAAAAUUAUUUAUACUUAUGAAGACUUCUUAAUUCCACCUGUAAUAAAUUUUGAUUAUAGUAAUUAUCCAAGUGAUUGGUGUAGAUAUUGUGGUGCUAGAUUUGCUUCUAAUUUUACAAAAGGUCCUUGGGGUCCUAGAACUUUAUGUACAAUUCAUUAUAUAGCAUGGAGUUAGAAUAAAACAUUAAAUUUGAGUUAAUAUCCGGUAUUACCCACUUAACCUGUUAAUCCAGAAGAUUAAACUGAAAUAUAAUUUAUGAAUAGGACAAAACUUAAAGAUGAAUAUUUUAAUCCUUAAUUACAGUUGUAAUAAAAGAUGAAUACAGCUUUGUAAAAGAAAUAUGUUUUAAAAAAAAUAACGAAAGAAGGUGGAGAAGAGGAAAAUAGUUUAAGGGAUUAAAAUAAAUUAGUUAAUAUCUGUAAUGAUGAAAAUGCAAAUAUUAAUUGA